AUGUCUCAAUCGUCAAGAAAAAAAUUACUACUAAUGGGUAGAUCAGGCUCAGGAAAAUCAUCUAUGAGGUCAAUAAUAUUUUCAAAUUAUUCAGCAUUUGAUACAAGAAGAUUAGGAGCAACAAUAGAUGUAGAAUUAUCUCAUUUAAGAUUUUUAGGGAAUAUGUCAUUAACAUUAUGGGAUUGUGGAGGACAAGAUGUUUUUAUGGAUAAUUAUUUUACAAAUCAAAAAGAUCAUAUAUUUAAAAUGGUUCAAGUAUUAAUACAUGUAUUUGAUGUUGAAAGUAAACUGAUAAAUAAAGAUAUUGAAAUUUUUAUAAAAUCUUUAACAAAUUUACAAAAAUAUAGUCCUGAUUCUAAAAUUUUUGUAUUAUUACAUAAAAUGGAUUUAGUUCAAAUUGAUAAAAGGCAAGAAUUAUUUAAUAUAAUGAUGGAAAAAUUACAAAAAAUAAGUAAUCCUUAUCAAUUUAAAUUAAUUGGGUUUCCAACUAGUAUAUGGGAUGAAAGUUUAUAUAAAGCAUGGUCACAAAUUGUAUGUUCAUUAAUUCCAAAUAUUAAUUUAUUUAAUAGUAAUUUAAUUAAAUUUAAUUCAAUAUUAGAUGCUGAAGAAAUUAUACUAUUUGAAAAGACAACUUUUUUAGUAAUAUCUUCAACUGCAUCAAUUAAACAACAACAAGCACAACAUCAAAAAUUACUCAAUGAAAAUGGGGAACAACAACAACAAGAUACUUCAAAUCAAGAUAAUAAUUCAUCAGAAUUAGAUCCAAAAAGAUUUGAAAAAAUUUCAAAUAUUAUAAAAACAUAUAAACAAUCAAUAUCAAAAUUAAGAACAAAUUUUAAUAAUUUAAUAAUACGAGGUUCAAAUGGUACAAGUUUUUAUAUUGAUAUUUUAACUGAAAAUAUGUUUAUAAUGAUUGUUUUAAAAAAUAAAGAUUCAAUUGAAGAUUCUAAUGGUUUUAAAAUAAAUCAAAAUGAAGAAUUAUUAGUUUUGGAUAAUAUAAGGUCAGCUAGGAAAUGGUUUGAAAAAAUUGAAAAUUCUAAAUAA